AUAUGGUUGGUCAAAAUGGAAAAUGGAAUAUUCUGCAAAAUUCUGAUUGUUUGCUAAUUUUUUCAAUUGUCAGAAAGUCAGUAAGUUUUUUUCUAUUAUUGUGACCAAUAGACGAAAUAGCGACUUAUCAUUCAUGAUAUUUCUUAGUGAUAAAAGUCUGCUGAAAGCAUUACAGCACGUCUGUUGUGAUGCCUUCCAGAAUUAUUGUUUCAUUUUAUGUAAUCAAUGGCAGUGUUUGAGAAAAAUAUCAGAAGGAAAGAGUACUUAGAUGAUACUCAAGUAUUGCGUUGUUCAAUUGUAAAUACUGAGAAUAUUCAAGGUCAUACGGAAUACGUAAUAAAGGUUGAGAGAGGUCCAGGUAAUAACAAGUCGUGGAAUGUUUUUAAACGUUAUAAUGACUUUGUUGCUCUACACAAUGCACUUCAGGGCUCCACUCUCAACAUUCAACUUCCACCAAAGAAAUUCAUUGGAAAUUUUGACCGGGAAUUCAUAGCUGAACGACAAGCAGGACUAGAGAAAUAUCUAAAUUUGGUACUAAUGAAUCCAAUACUCGCAUCUUCAUUGCCGGUGAGGAGAUUCCUUGAUCCUGAAAACUACUCCGUUCCGUUUCAAGAAAUAGCACUGCAACAUGUCUCGCUGGCUUUGCGUGGCGAUGUUGAAUUCGAAGUGCUGAAACCGAUACCUGACAUGGGAUGGAGAAUCCGUAAGCACUUCUUUCAAGCGAAAAAGCGCAGUAAUCCAAAAGAAGAAUUUGUGUUAUCCUGGACAGAAUAUGGCCCGGAUAAAUACAUUGAUGACAAAGAAAUGCAAGCUGUUUUCAAAGUUCUGACUGCAAUAAAGCAUCCAAAUAUUGCGCCGGUGGAAGCAGCCAACGCUUCGGAGAGUGGGAGCUUUGCCAUAAGAAAGCUGCAACCGGAUGGCAGUUUGAGGGAUGUGGUCUGCCAUUGUAAACCCAGGUUACCAUUUCUGAAGAAGUAUGCCAGUCCGAAGCAGUGUAGUGCCUUGCCUCUUCCGCUCAUCAUAUCCACCGCCUAUCAGAUCCUUCAGGCUCUUCUCUAUCUCAAGAGCAAGGGUGUCCCGUAUGGUCACCUGCAUCUCGGGAACAUUUCAUUCGUGAACAAGGAGACAGUCCAACUUCUUGACAUAGAAAAUGGUAUUUUGGGACUGCCGUCCUAUUACCGUCCCUACUUCAUCCAGCAUCGUAAGAUCUCCUCGUUGGAAGCCAUUGAUGUCUACUGUUUCGGUCAUGUCAUCUAUGAAAUCACCUUUGGAAGACCGCUUCAUGAACAAAUCUGUGAUAAUAUUCCUUCAAAUUGUCCCCCUGAGUUGAGGCCAAUAUUCGAGUCAAUUCUAUCAUCUGCCGCCUGCAAGUCAGGUCUGCCAACGUUGGAGUCGCUGUUGAAAUUACCGAUUUUCCCCAUGUCACAAGUUGCCUCCUCCGAGUUCCGUUGCACCUUGAAGCUCUCAACUACUGUUAAGGAGGCUUUGAAAAACUCUUGCGAAAAGUCUGCUACUCAUCUGGAAGAAGAACAAAAGAAGAUUCGUCACCAUAAAAGACUGGUCAAGAUGCAAGAGGUACUCAGUGCUGAAGAGAAUCAGAGAAACGAUAAAAAACGGAAUAAAAAUGCAACUAAGAAGAACGGCAAAAUUGUGAAUGGCCACGGACAUGAAAACAGCCUCAGUCGUAAAUCAAGUGUGACCAAUAUGGCAAACGGAAUUUCGCCAGAAAGGUCUGACAGUCCCAACAGCAUAAGCACUGCUACAUCUGUUGGUACACUGACACCCCCAGCAGGUGCACCCCCUCCCCCUCCCCCACCUAUGCCCACGCCGGCUGCCAACUCAGCCAGCCUGGCUUCGAUUGGAGUGAACGGUGUUGACGACAAGAGGACCGCUCUGCUUGGAUCAAUCUGCAACUUCAACAAAGCAGCCCUCAAGAAGACAAAACAAACUGCAUGAUGAGGUAGUUUACAUUGGAGCAGUGUCUACAUUGGCCUGCAACAAAGAGCUUGGACUUACUAGACAUUUAUUAUUCGUUGCUUUUCAUAUUAUUUAAUUACGAUUUUACUAAUCAACUUUAUUAAAUUGAAUAAAUAUUUUCAUCAUUUAUGAACUAUUGUAAAAUAAUCAUGUUUUAUUCAAACAAUAUUCGCUAAUGAAUACUAAUUUGAAUUUGAUUGAAAUUUCUAACAGUCAACAAUUUUCUAGUGCUGUUCUCUUGAUAAUUAAUUUAUUUAUCAAUACAAUUGCAAAUCAUAAUAUAGAUAUGACUGGACGAGAGCAACAGGCCCUGCCCAAAACAGCUCUACUCCCAAAUUUUAUAAAUAGAUAAUUUUCAAAAGAUGUUUUCU